AUGGCGGUUUCUUACUCGGAGAGUGCGAGUGUCUUCGAGGCCAGAGUCAAGGGAUCUGGGCUGGCUGCGGCAGAUGGCGAAAAACUGCUUGCGAAGAUCAAGAACUUAAAGCAGUUGGCAUUCAUUUCCAGCUAUGCACCAGGCCAGCAGGACGAGUCCCCGCUAAUGACCGAGUUGGAAGGCAUCUUAAGUCGGAAGCCGGAGGUUGCCGAGAAGGCCUGCUUCCGUGCACUUUUCCAUGAAUCAUACGCAGUAGUCACGAGUGAGAUGAAACAGCGCAUUGAACAAACCGAUGAUUCGAGUGCACGCCGCCUUACCCAGCCGGAACGGGCUGAAAGGUUCGAGAAGCAGAGGCUGAAGCUCAGUGGAGUGUCCAUUCGCGGCAUGACAGAACCGUCGGAGUUCCUCAUAGACCUCUGCGUUUCUUGUUAUGAACAUAACGAGCUGCAGUACAUUGCUUGGGAGCGUUGCACCAGUCGAGAGCAGGAGCUGAAUACCGACAAGAGGCGAGACACACGUUUCUCAGUAGAUGCUGCUACAGGUCGUCUGAAGAUCGAGUCCAAAGGGGAAGAAGAGAAGGCCAACACCUCGUCGGAGGUGUUUGUCAUGCAGGCUUUGCAGCGUCGGUCGCUCGCAUUGGACCAAGCAAACAUCGCUGAGUACGCAACCAUGCAGCUCUGGUCUGAUAAACUCUUAAGGGCGAGAUUGGACGAGCCCCCGCCAGGGUUCGUGAGGCCGCCUUGGUCGCAGGUCGUAGCGGCUGACAAGGCCUUUUUCCGGGAGCUUAGGGAUGCCACCCGUGGAGGAAUACAACCUGGUCCGACCGGAGCUAGGCCCGUGGAUGCAUGCGUUGAGAAAGUCGCGGUGAUGCAUGACGUCGCUUGCCUCUUGCAGCCGGUGCAUGCACCUGCUACCCGAGAGAAAGAUGAUUCAGCGCCUCGGCCACGGCCGGGACCUUACACGACUGAACCUACUAAAGGGAAGGGCAAGGGCAAGAAGGGCCAGUACACCCCGAGAAUGCCAUUGCAGUUGAUUCAGUGGGGUUGUGUGCCUACUACGAAGAAAGGGGCGCCGUACUGCUACGGGCAUCAACUGGGCACAUGCAACCUUCCGGGCGAUGGACACGCGUCGCACGAGCGACAGACGGGAGAAGUAUUCGAGGUGGGACUUCCGAAGGAAAUCCCACUGCUGCAUGCCGGAGUGGCAGCGGAUGGGAGUCGCAUGGACUCUCAACCGCUCGAGAGCGACGAAGAGUCGCUGGGCAGGGACGGGGGAUCUCAAAGUGUUGAGCUCGCCCUUUCCCCAAGAGCUCGAGAGCUGCUAAACAUUUUUGACACUUUGCCUGGCGAUGAGCCUCAGAGUGACUUGAGGAGUGAGGUUCGGAAAUCUUUUUCGGCUGGGAUGUACACCAAAGGUGGCGUUUCUGGUGUGAAGCGCUCGAACCGCGAUCAUCCCGAGCCCGUCCGCAAGUUUUGUGAGCUGAUACGAGAUGUUUGGCCACAAUUUUCCUUCACGAGUUUUCUGGUUAGCGAGAAUUCUGAGCUGGGCUGGCACCGCGACUCACAGAAUGCGCAUGCGCUUAAUCUGCUCAUUCCCUUGACUUUCUUCCGGGGCGGUGGCAUUCUUCUAGAAGAUGCGUCGGCGCCUUUGGUGCGCGCUGCCGGUGAAAGUCGUCAUGCUCGACGCCUAUCAUUGGCUGCCGGGCCGCUCGCGUUCAACGCC